AUGAUGGCCAUUAAUCUCAUCUUCUUUGCAUCCUAUGAAUACUCUAACACAUUCCUGAAGAUCCUUUGUGAAAGUAUUGAUGACUUGAUAUGACUUUGUUUCUUUAAGCUUCUCAAAGAGGUAAAUUUUCCUUUUAGUCCUACUUCUGUAAACCUUGCCAUCUCUUUCAUUGUAAUGUACCUUAGCUUUUAUCAUUAGAAACAGCUCACAAUACUAGCAAAAUGAGAAAAAUAAAAGAGCAAGAUGAAAUAGUUUAAAAUUUCUCAAUUCUUUCAUUGAUUAUCUCUUUUGUGGAACCUAGCAAUAUCAAGUGUUCGAUAGAGAUUAAAGGCUCUCCAGUCUUCCUCUGAUUGAAUUUUUCUAGCUAAAUCAGACAUAAAACUGCAGGAGAUAUUAGAUUUAAUAUUUCUGUGAUUAAUAAUUUCAAUAUAGUUUCAGGUAGAAAAUAUUGCAAAAAUGGCUUUAAUUGGGCUUCUAAACUAUUGCAGUGCAGUCACUUUUUUUUGACUCCAUCUGUAAGUAAUAUUCGUAUGUGAGUAAACUAUCAAUCUUCAAUUGGCACAUGAAUAGUAGAUGCUUUGGUAAUUUUUGAUAAUUUAGUUCAAUAAAUCCUCUUGAUUUCAUCCAGUAUUUUUUUGCUUUAUAGAUAUUGGUCUCAAAGGUAAUUUCUUAUGACUAUAGGAUAUUGCAUUGCUCCAAAGCUCUAUAUAUUUACUUCUUAAGAUGUAGAUUCUUAUCUUUUUAAAAGGGUUUGGGAUAUUUUUACACUAUAGUUAUCUCUUCUGCUUCUCAGAAAAGGCUUCAAAGGAAGAAUAAGCUUGUUUUAACAAAGAGAGAAGGACUCUUCUUUACUCUCUUUUUUAUCUUAGACUGACUCCUCUCUGUGUUC